CGACUGGCUGUUCAGUAGUGUCUUCUUUGUUCUAUAGCUCUUCUAAAGCUUUCAAUUGUUUCCCUCCUCGGGUUUUGCUGUGGAAUACUGUCCAAGGCCAAGUUGAGUGAGACGACAAGGGUGAUAGACGGCAACAGGAUGAGGCUUGUUGGUGCACAUGUGGCAGUCUCCUUGGAAAAAAAUGAAAGGGUCUAUGACACCCUCUGGCUGAGUAUGAUGACAGAGUACCACACACUUUACUUUAUUUCCAGUACUGACAGGUAACGCUACACACACUAAAACAGCAUCCUAUUCUGUUCAAAUAUGUAUUCAUUUCUUACAAACAUGAGCAAAUUAUAGGCAGCUGUAUAGUCUGUUUUAUAAAUGUUUCUCCCUUUUCAAAACCUAAAAACUUGAAGAUUAUGCUGAUUGAAGUUAUUAUGGAUCUACAAAGCAUUUGAAUCCUGUUGCCUAAGAAAUUGCCAAAAAAUAGAAAAAGAAAAAAGUAUAUACAAAGGCUGUGAAUACUGCAUAAAAUGAAAUAAAAUAGGCCUGAACUUCAAAUGUUGACAGUGUUGACAUAUUACGAAAUGUUCAUAUCCUCAAGAUUGUACAAAUAUAAUUAACAGAAUGUACAAUAAUGCUGAAGAUGGAGAAAGAAUGGCUUUUGAAAACAUUUAUUUUAUUUAUCAAAUGUGUAAACAAAGUGUAGAGUCUGCCUUUUGUUUAUAGAAAUGUCUGUACUUCAGUGCACCAUCAUUGUCCGGCUAUGUGUCUACCACAAAGUUUCCAGUUUACAACAUGAAUGACGAACCAAAGAAACAAACAGUACAUGCCCCCGUUGUCAGGCAGGCACCAGUCUGAUGGGCUGGGUUGAUGACUGGGAGGCGCCUGCCCUCUCAUUUACCCCCCGUUUCCUCCACACCUCUUUGUUUACACCUACAAGCCGGUCAAGUCCAGGCAGAAGUGCCGCAGCUUUUUUGACUUCACUCUGUGCUCGCUGUAACAAAAACAAUGUCUGUUUUUUUGCUCAGCUUUGUUGUGCUGUUUGGAGCUUCUCGUGCUUCUGACACCGUGGCUCCUGCCCACCUCGGGCCGCCGUCGCUCGGGUUCAGCUCCUCGCUCCGCUCGGUGUGUAAACCUAUCCCGAGCACCCUGUCUCUGUGCCACGGGAUCGGCUACAGGCACAUGCGGAUCCCUAACUUGCUCGGCCAUGAUUCGCUGAGAGAGGCCCAGCAGCAGUCGGCAGCCUGGCUGCCCCUCAUCUCCAAGCUCUGCCACCGGGACACCAAGAAGUUCCUGUGCUCGCUGUUCGCCCCGGUGUGUCUGCCGGAGCUCAGCGGGCCGGUCAGCCCCUGCAGGAGCCUGUGCGAGGCCGUGCGGGACGGCUGUGUUCCCGUCAUGAGCGCCUUCGGGUUUCCCUGGCCCGAGAUGUUUAACUGCACCCGGUUCCCGCGCGGGACCGAGCUCUGUAUCCCGGCAACCGGAGAGCAGGAGGGGCGGACGGCAGAGGAGGUGAAGCACGAGGAGGCGCUGAAAGGCAGUGUAAUCUGUGAUGCCUGCAGUCUUGCUGCUGAGGGACAGACUGACAUCCAGGAAAACUUCUGCCACAGUCCAUAUGCAUUUAAGAUGCGUCUGGGCAGUGUGUCGACGGUGGGAGGGGACCGUCAGCUGGUGCCUAUGGCCCGCAGCCGCAUUCUGAGGUGGGCAGGGGGAGGUGCGGAGAGGGCCGAAGGGGUCGGAGGCGCAAUGGCCCACAGUGCUUUGUGGCUGCAAGAAGGAGGCACCUGUACCUGUCCUGGCCUAGACUCUACAGACACAAACGAAGACAGGGUGUUGGAGGAGGAACAGAUGGGUAAAGGACACGCUAAAGGAGGGAAGGACGGGUAUGGGGCUCCAGGUGGAUGGUACCUGGCCCUUGCUCAGGCUGAAGAGGGAAGGCUGGUGUUGACUCGGCUGGUGAGGUGGACCAGAGGGGACAAAGAGUUGAAGAAGUUUAUCAGAGCUCUCCUUAAACAGCCCUGUCCAGAGCUGUAGACAGGGAGUCAUCAACCACUGUAGUCCUGCCUCAUGGACGAUGCUUUGUGGUCUUUGGUUACCAAAGAAAAAGUAAGGAACACAUCAGGAAACAAGUAGUUCGUAAAGUAACACUGAAUAAAUCACACGCACAGAUUCUUAGAUACUAUGUAAUGACUUUCUCAAUUAUUUGUUCCUGAUUAACUCUGAAAACACCACUCAAUCAAUAACCAAUCAAAUCUUCAGCACUAAGUACGUAUUAUUUUGUGUCAUAUGAAGUUGUUACCAAAUUUAUCAUGACACCAUAAUUUUCAUUAUUCACCGUGUUUGUGUUCCCUCAAGUAAAAUCGAGCAUCAUUUUUACAAACUGACAAACCAAGAGGUUUUCUUUGUACUGAAAAUGGACUUAGCUUUUCAAUGACAACAAACAGAGAGCAGGCAUUUCUGCAACUUGCUGUAAAGUUAUUAGACCGUAAUUCUUUUAGUGUGACAGAGGCAUUGUGACAAAAGUUACUUCUACAAGUGGCACACAAAGGUUUAUAUAAUUCCAGCUGUGGCAAUAUUUGUGUAUUUUUUUGUAUUUUUGUGUACAUUUGUGUAUAUAGAAGAGACAAAAUGGUUUUGGUAAUAGACUGAUCUCAUCAAGUUUUCUACUGAUACAUAUUUGGGGUGAAGCAGUAUAAUUGUUGUUAUUCCUGUAAUGAUAAAAUAUUUUCUUAAACUGUACUAAACUUUUAUCGUAAUACUUAUAUAUAUACAUUAAACAUGCGUUUUUCUUUGACUAUUUACAACUAUUUUAUCAUUGUUUUUCACAGACGCUCAAGCAUCAGUAGUUAGAUGGGUGAAAACACUUAUGUUGAAAGACAAGGGGGUGAUUAUCACAUGUUGGGAUGCUAUAAUCUCAAGUCACAUGAGAAGAGAAGCACUGAAAAGAAAGACAGGACAGGAAAUGUGAUAUGAUAUGAACAAUAAAUCAUUUAGAUUUGG